AUGGGUUUAAAGCCUCCAACUGAAAGGUGUAACAGGUUGAAGACAAGAGAUAGGCUGCAAAAGCAUGGCAUUAACGCUGAAAGUUACUGUCUCUUAUGUGGAACUGGAACCAAAAGUCACUCCCACAUUUUCUUUGAUUGUAUAUACAGCAGGAAAUGCCGGGAGAGGAUUUCUCAAUGGAUUGAUAUGGGUGUGCAGAUUCAGACUCUAAAGGGUGUAGUUAGGCUUGCCAGGAAAAUCACGUCAAGAUUCAAACGGAGAAUUUUCAGUGUAUGUGUUUUGGCUGUGAUAUAUCAGAUAUGGAAGGCCAGAAAUAAUGUCUUAUGGCAUCAACAUUUAUGGUGUAUAGAUAAUAUUGUAAAGAAAAAUCAGUUUGAUGUAAAGCAUAGAGUAAAUGCUAUAGGUCUUAGAAAGAUAACAGGUGUAGACAGAGAUUGGUUUGGGGGUUUAGAAGUGCAAAUGUAA